GACAGAAAAUCAUUGGCAACCCCAACAGCGCUUACGACAGUCAGCUGGGGUCAAAGGGAGAUAUAUCGGGUGGCUGCCGAGACACCAGGCUACGCCAGCACCAGUCGUAGACGAACAGCCAACCUCUUCACACGCUCUUCAAUUCCGCCUCCUGUUAGAAUAACCUGCCACCAUGUGGGAUGAUGUCGUAGAGGAGACCCCGGCGGCCCCGGCCCCUGAAGCGGCACCUGCUGCACCAGAUGCGGCGCCGGCUGGUGACGCGCCCGCCGCUGCUGGGGAGCCGGCUAAGGCUGAGGAAGCCGAACCUCCCCCGCCUCAGAAACUGGAAAACGCCGCAGACAAGAGACUCGUUUGCAAACACUGGGUUAGACCCAAAUUCUCCCAAUACAACUAUCUUUACGACUACCAGAGGAAUUACUAUGAUGACCUGAUCACCUACUUGGACAAGCGUAACCAUGGCAUACCAGUCGAGAGACCAACUCCUCAGACUUGGGGAGAACGCGCUCUUCGCACCUACCUAUCGAGGAGCUGCAGCUAUAGCUCCAAGAAGUACAGCAGAGACACCUCCCUACUUUAUCACAUCUCCGUCGGGGCGAAGUUCCAACGCACCCAUACCAAGUCCCUUAUCUCGAGGAAGUAUUCCAAACUGGGAAUUAGUAACGCUGUGUACCUAUAGCUUCGCUCUAACACAUGCUUGCAGUUGCUACGCGGACCCCAUCUCGAACUCCCAUCGUGAACUUUGUGUCAAUGUUACAGGAUUUCCUUGUCGUGAUCCGACACCUGGCGCUCGCUUUAGAAGAACCAACACGACUGUGCGAUUGAGAGUCGUCCGCAUUCCUCUCUCGAUGUUUUCUUAUUUGAACGAAGAAUAAAUGUUAAGUUUA